GUCUCCCCCAUCACCCACCAUCUCACUCAAGUCUAAACCCCUAUAUAUAUACCAUUUCCUCCCUUUCCUAAAACCCCACAUCCAAUUCUACAAACCCUCUCCUCUUCCCUUCUCUUCUCACAAAAUGGGGUCUUCUUCAAAUGGGUAUUCAGUGUUUUUGUUGCUUUUUGCAGUGGUGGUGGCUACUGCCUCCGCUAGUAACUUCUAUCAAGACUUUGACCUUACAUGGGGUGAUAAUCGUGCUAAGAUCUUCAAUGGAGGACAGCUGCUGUCUCUCUCCCUAGACCAGGCAUCUGGCUCUGGGUUUCAGUCCAAGAAGGAGUAUCUGUUUGGGAGGAUUGACAUGCAGCUCAAGCUUGUCGCUGGCAACUCUGCUGGCACCGUCACUGCCUACUACUUAUCUUCUCAAGGGUCAACCCAUGAUGAGAUCGACUUCGAAUUCCUGGGAAACCUGAGUGGAGAUCCUUACAUCCUUCAUACCAAUGUAUUCACUCAAGGGCAGGGCAACAGGGAGCAGCAAUUCUACCUCUGGUUCGACCCCACCCGUAACUUCCACACCUAUUCCAUCAUCUGGACCGCCCGACACAUCAUUUUCUUGGUGGACAACGUUCCCAUAAGGCUAUUCAAGAAUGCAGAAUCAAUGGGAGUUCCCUUCCCAAAGAACCAGCCCAUGAGGAUAUACUCAAGCCUCUGGAACGCGGAUGACUGGGCCACAAGAGGAGGGUUGGUGAAAACUGACUGGUCCAAGGCACCCUUCACAGCAUACUACCGGAACUUCAGAGCCAACUCCUCGACCCCCACAAGUUCAUUCCCUGACAGUACCUUCCAGACCCAAGAACUCGAUUCCUACAGCAGAAGAAGGCUGAGAUGGGUUCAGAAGAACUUCAUGAUUUACAACUACUGCACUGAUCUCAAACGCUUUCCUCAAGGUGUCCCUGCUGAGUGUAAGCGCUCAAGGUUUAAUCUCUAGAACAGUAUGGGUGGAGUUUAUAUAAGGGUGAGGCGUGAAUAUUAUUCUUUUGUUGUUUCCUCUCCAUCAUGGGCUUGGUGCUUAUAAGUCAUAAGUUACGGUACAAAUAAAUUAUUCUUUGCUUUGUAUGUAAGGGUUAAUUAUUGUCAUAUAUCAAUCUGUUUUUGUAUUUCAAAUAAUAAUAUAAUAAAUUAUAUGGUGUUGUAUUUUUGGAA